UGCCUAUGUCUUGUGGCCAAAAUUAAACAGAAUCCACUGGAAGGAUGGCUCCAUUCAAUUGGAGUCACACGUGACCCGUUUCCAAAACGAAUCAGACGGUCAAGCCGUCAUGAAUACCAACAGGGAAGAGUUGUCAAAGCUCCUCAAGGCGGCUGAGACGCUUACGGGCCCGGCAGAUGGUCAAGAAAAAGCCCAGGCAAAGGAUAUGGCAGAUGUGCUAGGGCGUCGAUUAGAGGCUGCGUGUGUUGUUCUCAGUAAUGACUUCACCGUGGCUUCAAGCGAUAAGCUCGUUCUGCAAAAAGCGACGGCAGACUAUGCGCUCUGUCUGUUGGAGCGUAUACAGGGCCUCCUGGAUGUGGAUCAAGGCAUUGGUGCUGCUCCUCCAUUGAUCGGCACGCGCGAUAUGGGUCUGAUUAGGAUGCUACUAUCCAUCGUGUUCAAGUGGGGAGUGGAACAACAACUUGUUCAGCUCUGGAAGAGUGAACCAAGAGAUCCAGCAUCAGGCUCACCUCCCUCAGCGCAACAACCCAUGGAGAUCGAUCCAACGAACCACCGCGUGGACCUGAAUAAGGCCGCUACUCGCAUCUAUGAACUAGUCUUUCGUAAUAAGGCGCCGAUCAAGGCAGAGCCGAGUCUUGCAAACGGCGUCGGACAUCAAAGCAAUUCGUUGCGACAGACACAUAUCACACAAGUAUUGUUGACACGACACGCGACAGAUAUGCUGCGCCCCGCAAUAUACCUGGGGUGGCACGAUGGCACCCAAACUGCAACAGUCGACUCUGGCGUGGCGGUUCAGAUGACGACAUACACCAGACGUCUGCUCAAUAUGUUGCCAGCCGCGCAAACGAUAGCGUCGUUAGGCGGUAUUAUGUCACCGCCGCCUUCCUUCCCAUCUCCGCCAGCAUCGUUGUUGAAGGGGUGUUCAAACUUGCUCACUCAGCAACUACUAAGGCCGGACGGAGUGAUUGGAUUGUUCUCCGCUGUGCUCGGUGAUGUUGAGGAAGGGGUCAACGAUGCACCCCUGGCGCGUCUAGAACACAUCGCUCAAAUCUUGAGCACUCCCCCAAAAGUUUUAUCCAAGGCUGCUUAUUUUCGCACAAUCAUUCCUCGACUGCUUCCCCUCUUGCUUUCUCCAGACAACGCCAACAACGAUGGCUCAACUCCGGUACAGAAUCCGUCUGAGGCACAAAUCAAAGUCAUCCCAAGACCAUUCAUCAGAGGCGCAGCAUUCGCCCUCGCUCGCAUCUUGACUCGCCCUUCCACCGCAGAAGCUGCAUCAAAUUUGCUCUUGUCGUGCGUUCAUUCACCCUUUCUUCCCAAACCGUCUCCCUCCUUGGCUACUUCCUCAGAUUCCGACUCACUCCCACCGUUCAAGACUGUACAUUCAUCCAUCAGAUUCCUCGCUGCUUUUAUUCUUAACACCGACCCAUCACCAACACUCAUCUCGUUUCUGAUCACUCCUGUGCUGGUGCCCUUGUAUUAUCUGACCGAGUUUUUUGAUACCCACCCACGUGUGGUAUUAAAGAGUCCGGAGGUGAAAGAGAUGACGCAAGGACUGAUCAGAACUUGGGCCAGGGUCAUCAGCACUCUCGACGCUCGAAAUGGUUGGUGGGACGUGAUCACCGGAACCGGUGGUUGGUCAUCCUCGCCCUCAUCAAGCACGUCUCAUCCCGAAUUUUCUGUUGACGAGGAAGAUCAAGUUUGGAAUGAAUGGGCCGCUAUCGGCGGCGAACUUGUCAUCCAACAGCGAAAAUCGUCGCUCCUUCCCGACGUCAGCAAACUUCUUGGGAAAAAAGGUUCCUCGACGGCAGGACCGCUCGAAAUACGGCCUAAUCCAGUCCACUUUGUUAGCUUACUCAAAGGUUUCGACCGUAAAGAAGUGACUGGGGCGAUCUUCAUCCGCACGCUGGAUGAGUACAGUGCUUUGCGACAAUCAUCCCAUUUGCGUAGGAGGGCUGGUGGUGACUCGGUCCGGGCAAUGCUUUGUCUCUCGAUCGUGCUUGAGAUGAUUCAGCAGUUGGACACGUCUGUGAUAUCGCAGACGCACCAUAUCUUGGGAUUUAUAUCUCAUGCUCUCGAGCCUGCUGCAAUGGAUUCAAUGUCUCGGGCUGGACGUGGUAUCAGCCGACGGAAGGCCGAGGGCUCCACCGACAAAGCACGUUUGACUCUCGAUGAUCUCAAGAUCGUCCAUGACGAGAGCGAUUUCUCUGAUGAUGACAUGGACGGAGGGGAUAGUGAUGAUGAGAGUGAUGAAACUAUUGAUGACAGUAGGCCAUUGGUUAAAGGGGGUGACGAUGAGAUGGCGUUUACUGCUAUCAACCUGCUCUUGAGCCUCCUCGAAGCAAAUCCCGAUCUGACACCCCAAACCUCACCCAUAUUGCUCGUAAUCUUCCACAAUCUCGAAACACUGAUGGACCACCUCUCACCAUCAAUUCGUAAGCCAGCACUUGAAGCUCGGCUAGUCAUCACGACUCGCUCCUCUAUCAUCCCCCCUCCUUCACCUACAUCAACAACCGGCUCAUACCGAGCAAACUCGGACGGCGACGAAGAUCCUCCAGGAGGUCGACAAGGGACAGUAAAAGAGGGUCCCCGAACAGAUCAACAGUCGAUCUAUCAAGAAGCACUUCGGCUGAUUCAAGAUCCUAUCUUACCAGUGCGGGCAUAUGGAUUAACAAUGCUCAGACAACUUAUUGUUCCUUCUGUUUCUUCCAAUGCCAAGCCACCUUACUCGAACACCCUUUCAGCGGAACACGCGCUGAUCCCUGCUAUUCUAUCUAUUUUUAUUGAAGCCGUCCAGGAUGAUGAUUCAUUUAUUUUUCUCCAUGCGGUGCGAGGUCUUGCUGCUUUGGGGACCGUGUCGGGUGGUGUGGGGAAAGAGGUUGUUCGGAGGUUGGUGAGUGUUUACGUGGGCGGGCUGAAAGUCGGCAGGGGAGGUGGAGAGAUGAGUAAGCGCGAGAUGGACAAGAGAUUGAGGAUUGGUGAGGCUCUUGAACAGGUCGUAAGGAGGACAGGAGGAGCGUUAGGCGGUCAUUCCGAAACGAUCAUACCUCCUCUUAUUCUGGUGUUCCGAUCUACACACGCUCCAACGACACUUCGAACAUCUGCUCUUUCAGUGCUUGCUUUAUGUGCAGAUGCAGCUCCGGAUGCAAUCCUUACAUGGAGUGGAGAGUUGACUUCUGCUCUCGUGGACCUCUUACAAGUUGAGAGUGUCCCGACGAAACUGAAACAAACAGAACCACCGGACCCGCCUGCGUUGGGAUCUCGACAUGCCCCUGUGGGGUCCUCUGGCGCUGCAUCUGCGACUCCGUCAUGUCCCAAUCGCAAGAAGAGCCUCGUAACUGUCCCGACUAAUGGGAAGACAACCUCGUUAAGGAGUGACGGAAAAUCGGCAUCGUCUUCAACCGCGAGACAUGACUAUGAAGACUCUGUCCCACCUUUAACGAAAAGCGCAAAGAUUCCAUCGUUCCGUCGUGCAGCGCUUCAUUUCAUUGCGCUACUCAUUCGAACAUGGCUAUCCCGCUCUUAUGAUAGUUCGUCCGUGAACGGCGCUUCAUUCUCGGGCCCACAAGGUAUCGGAUUAGAAACGUUGUCAGUGCCCUCUAAGAGGGAUAUUCCUCACGCGAAGGGUCCGUCGAAAUCAGGCGAUCCGAUGGACGAAGACACCAAGCGGUUGAAUAAUGUCUUGAGGUACGUCCGCAUGACGGAUGAGGAUGGGCUGGUGAGGAUUCAGGCAGGGGAGUGCGUUGAGCUUUUGGAGGAUUUGGUAAAGUAUCGUUUGGGAAUGGUUUAGACUCUCUCGCAAUCAAGUACGGCGCACUACAACACAAACCUAUACUUCGCAGUGAAGUCACACGUCCGAGGAGGGGGGGGAGGAAGGACUUGUGCUGAUCUGUUUACUUGUUUUCUUUUAUACCGCGCAUUUGUGCAGUCUUAUGGUCUACGGUCCGGUUUGCAAACCGCAAUCUUUUUCUUGGUUCCUAAAGCACAAAUAAUAAUCCCAUCGUACAUCUCGUCUCGUCUUUGUUUUUUUUCUUGUAGUCCCUUCCAACCCAUUCUCAUCCCAUUCCACAUCCCAUUCCACAUCUAUCAAAUUUUUUUCUUGGUUUUCGUUUUUCUGAGCUUUGUCACAAACCGUCACCGCCAGCCGAUGAUGUUUGUAGUUUGAUGAUAUGCUUGCUCUCUUCAUGCACUCGUGCAUCUCUCUUGUCGUUGCUGCUUCUGUAAUGUCUGUUCCGAUCACACGUUGUAUUUGUACCUACUUGGCAU